UUAGGAACAGAUAUUGCUGCCGGAGAGGAGGUUGCAAUUAAGUUGGAAUGUGUGAAAACCAAACAUCCUCAGCUCCACAUCGAGAGUAAAAUCUACAAAAUGAUGCAGGGUGGAGUGGGUAUUCCCACAAUUAAGUGGUGUGGAGCUGAAGGGGACUACAACGUAAUGGUGAUGGAGCUGUUGGGACCCAGUCUUGAAGAUCUCUUCAAUUUUUGUUCAAGGAAAUUCAGUCUCAAGACAGUCCUAUUGCUCGCUGACCAAAUGAUUAGUCGAAUUGAAUAUAUUCACUCUAAGAACUUCAUCCACCGAGACGUGAAGCCGGAUAACUUCUUAAUGGGGCUGGGGAAGAAAGGCAAUCUUGUCUACAUAAUAGACUUUGGAUUAGCAAAGAAGUAUCGAGACGCUCGAACUCACCAACAUAUUCCAUAUCGUGAAAAUAAAAACCUAACAGGAACUGCCCGUUACGCAUCCAUCAACACUCAUCUUGGAAUUGAGCAAUCUCGCAGAGAUGACUUGGAGUCCUUGGGCUAUGUACUGAUGUAUUUUAACCUGGGCUCCCUCCCCUGGCAGGGACUGAAAGCAGCUACAAAGAGGCAGAAAUACGAACGUAUCAGUGAAAAGAAAAUGUCUACACCAAUUGAGGUUUUGUGUAAAGGAUAUCCUUCUGAAUUUGCCACAUACUUGAAUUUCUGCCGUUCUUUGCGUUUUGAUGACAAACCGGACUAUUCCUAUCUAAGGCAGUUAUUCAGAAACCUCUUCCACAGACAAGGGUUCUCCUAUGACUAUGUGUUUGACUGGAACAUGCUGAAAUUUGGUGCAAGCAGAGCAGCUGAAGAUGCUGAACGUGAAAGGCGAGAACGAGAGGAAAGGCUGAGACAUACGCGAAAUCCAGCGGUGCGUGGGCUGCCUUCCACUGCGUCUGGCAGGCUGAGAGGAACACAAGAUGUAGCUCCUUCUACUCCUCUUACCCCAACUUCACAUGCUGCCAACACCUCUCCUCGGCCAGUGUCUGGUAUGGAGCGAGAAAGGAAAGUGAGUAUGAGAUUGCAUCGUGGUGCCCCCGUCAAUAUCUCGUCGUCUGACUUAACAGGCCGACAAGAUACCUCUCGCAUGUCAACUUCACAGAAUAGCAUUCCUUUCGAACACCAUGGCAAGUAGCUGCUCGUCUCCUUUCGUUGGAAGGCAGCACUGGAUUCCUGCUCGGGUCACUCCCAGUGUGCUCCAGUCUGCUGUGCACCGAUGAGAACUGUGUUGCCGUGGAGGGCAGAUAAUGCAUGGCUGAUCUCCUAUGUUACCAAUGGCUUUACUAGCAAAAAUCCCCUAAACUAGAGUGGAAAUGUGACGGUUGGAGUUCUCCAUGUGACUUAAGGGCACUUGGAGGAACAGGGACAGACUCCAGCAGCUGCCGUUGCAGGACGCUUGUGCCAGAAACCCAAUGACCUUAAGAGAGCCCUGUGGUGACAGGGCUGGAAAAGAAAGAUGGUUUACAGAGUGGACCGCCUGCAUUCGGAUGGCCGUUUCAGUUCUCCCUCCACAGGCGGCAGACUUUACCCCCUUUUUAUUAUUCUACUGUAACUAUAAAUCUUUUACUUGGUUUAAGGAAGUUUUUUGUAUCAUUUUGCUAAAAUUAUUGGCUUAAUUCUCUGUAAAGAACUCUUGCUUUUGUCUGAUUUAAAAAUGUAGAAUAUAAACAAACCUAAAUACAAUGACUUGAAAUUUCUUGUUAAAAAAAAAUUAGUCUGGCAGGGAACAUGUAAAUGAAUCAAAACCAUCUGACUUUAUUUAAGCUGUUUGCUUAUUUGUAUGGUCCCGUUCUGACUGAGACUGUUUUCUCAUGAAAUUUGUAAAACUGUUAGAAUUUUACUUUGCUGUUUGCUGUCGUCAUUCACACUCAACUUUCCGUGUAACACAAAGGAAUUUUAAUACUCGUUCUUUUUCAUAAAAGAGGAGAAAUAAAUAACGUGCAGGAGAGUCUAAGUAUAGUAGAGAUGGUUAUAAGUAAUUCCUGUUUUUGUAAAGCACAUGAAGGACAAAGCGAAAGACUGG